AUGGCGUUGCCACCAAGUUUGCAAGCCCUGUCCAUAGGUGCGCGUGAUGCCACGAACACGCUGGAGUUUUACCUGGACUACCUUUGCCCCUUUUCUGCGAAGAUCCUAUUGAACUUUCAUGAGCAGAUCGUCCCGCUAGUGUGCGGCGAAAAUGCACGGUACCGUGGUCAGUUACGUGUAGUGAUUCGCCCUGUGCCGCAGCCUUGGCAUGCAUCCUCGACGCUUCUGCACGAGACAGCUCUCGCCAUCGCACGCCUUGCACAUGACAAUCGUGAGAUGCUAGAGAAUGCAUACACCAACGCAUUCUGGCACUUCUCUAUCGCUCUUAUGCGAUCGGCGGAAUCUUGGUUCGAUGAGAAUGCCCGUUCCAAGACGCCAGAUCAAAUGCGUGCCGAACUUGUCUCGCUAGCCGUGACGAUCUUGGGCGAUGACGCGCGGAAAGCGGGCAACAAGCCUCUGGUGCACUUGCCUGAUGGCGAGACCCUUACGAAUGCUGUCCACUCAUGGACACGUGUCGGGAAGGGCAACGAUGGCUCGCGCAUUGUCCCUGAUCUCAAGUACUGCGUCAAGAUCGGACGUCAGAAUGGCAUUCAUGUGACGCCUACUGCAUUGUGGAAUGGCGUCGUUGAGCCCAGCAUCUCGAGCUCAUUUUCCAAGGAACAGUGGAUGAACUUUUUGGACGAGCGAAUUCCCCGUGCCAACAUGUAA